UUUAAAACGAGGAAGUUAAUUUCCAUUUCUUAAUGCCUUAUAGUCUUCAGAGAAAUCUCUAUCAGUUCCUAGAUGCAGAAUCGGAACAUUUUACGGCUGCUUUUUACACUUCUUUGGCUUUAUAUUUCCAUACACAAAGUGGAUUCGCAGGAACCAUGCAGUUCACCUGAUCCUAACAUUGCUGGAACUGUGUACGAAUCCACUUUUGCUUCUUUUGAUCCAAAUUCUGCACUCUAUAGGACAGACACAACGAUAGAAGGAAUAAAUCAGGGGACUCAGACAGAGUCAGGAGUCAACAUAACCAUUGUAAGAUCAGCAAGAACUCAAGCUGAUCUUAACUUGGAUAGUCUGUUUGAACUAGUAACUUUACCAGUGACAGACUCAUCUUUUGGAAGUAGGACUUUUAUCCGAUUAAAGUCGGCAAUUGACAGAGAUGGAAGUUCCUACAUAGCUAGUGAUGACCUUGACACUGUUGAAUUUCAAUUAUCUUGUCGUUCUUUGAAAGAUCCAACGCCAACAAAGUUUUUCCUGAUGCAGCUGGAGAUUCGGGAUAUAAAUGAUAAUGCACCUAUAUUUAGAAAUGCUCCUUAUUCUGCUUCAGUUGAUGAGUCAGCACCAGUUGGAACAACAGUGUAUUCUGGGAUAACAGCUACAGAUCUGGAUGCUGGAAGCAACAAAGAAAUAGAGUAUGCCAUAGUUCCUGGAGAUGGCAGUACUAAUGAUGGCUCAACCAGAUUUGUACUUCCUAUCACUUCAAGAGGAGAAAUUGUUGUUGGCAAUUCUUUAGACUUUGAAUCUGUUCGGUCAUAUACCCUCACGAUAUCAGCAACAGACAAGGCCAGUAACGUUGCAGUCAGGAAACAGACUACCACCACCAUCACAAUUACUAUAAAUGAUGUGGAUGAUCUAGGACCCAAAUUUGUGUAUUCCACCUGUUUUAAUGUCAACAAUGUUUGUUUUAACCCAACUUACACAACAAGUGUCACAUCUGGGUCAACGGCUGGCACACUUGUAUUUAACCCAGUACCUGUGGAUUCUGGAAAUCCCAAUGCAGCGGUUGAUAUCAUUGCAGAGGACGGGGACACUCUUAAUGCUCCGAUCACCUUUACAAUACGACAAACCUUGCCAUCUGGGUACCAAAACAGAUUCCAAGUGACCACUCAAAAAGUUUCUGGCUCAGCAAACCGAUAUCGAACCCUUGUAAGCCAGACGGCAUCCAUUGAUAGAUCAGAAGUAACUGAGCUGGAACUUUUCAUUGAGGCUAAAGAAAAUUUAGCUCACCGGUACUAUGACAGAGCUACAAUAAAGUUGUCCUUUGCUGAAAUCAAUACUGGUAACCAAACUUCUUCAGAUUGCAACAACAAUUCCCCAAUAUUUUCUGCCCCUGUAUACUUCGUAAACAUUUUGGAGGGGAAUUAUACCGAGAACCACCAAUGUAUACUGAUGAUUUCAGCCACAGAUGAGGAUUUGGAUGGCAUUGAUUAUGAUAUUCAGAGUGUUUCAAACAAAGGUGACAGGGUGUUCUCUCUGGAAUCAAAUAUAGAAGGCAAGGCUGUCAUUACAUGUGUUGGUUCUAUAGCUAAGGGACUGUCCUUCGGCAUUGUAGUACGUGCAACUGACCGUGUAUUACCGAUAUCAAGGAGAAGGAGAGGACAGAGUUCCUCAAAUUGCAAGAUGUGGAAGCAGUACUUCUUAGCGGUGCUUUUCACACUAGUGGUGCUAACAAUGAAGACGGUGAAUUCACAGGAACCAUGCAGUUCACCUGAUCCUAACAUUGCUGGAUUUGUGUACGAGUCCACUUUUGCUUCUUUUGAUCCAAAUUCUGCACUCUAUAGGACAGACACAACGAUAGAAGGAAUAAAUCAGGGGACUGUGACAGCAUCUGGAGUAAAUAUAUCCAUUGUUAGAUCAGCAGCCACUCCUACUGAUCUUAACUUGGAUAGUCUGUUUGAAUUAGUAACUUUACCAGUGACAGACUCAUCUUUUGGAAGUAGGACUUUUAUCCGUUUGAAGUCAGCAAUUGACAGAGAUGGAAGUUCCUAUAUAGCCAGUGAUGACCUUGACACUGUUGAGUUUCAAUUAUCUUGUCGCUCUUUGAAAGAUCCAACGCAAACAAAGUUUUUCCUGAUGCAGCUGGAGAUUCGGGACAUAAAUGAUAAUGCACCUAUAUUUAGAAAUGCUCCUUAUUCUGCUUCAGUCGAUGAGUCAGCACCAGUGGGAACAACUGUGUAUUCUGGGAUAACAGCUACAGAUCUGGAUGCAGGAAGCAACAAAGAAAUAGAGUAUACCAUACUUCCCGGAGAUGGGAGUAUUAAUGAUGGCUCAACCAGAUUUGUACUUCCUAUCACUUCAAGAGGAGAAAUAGUUGUUGGCAGUUCUUUAGACUUUGAAUCUGUACGGUCAUAUAACCUCACGAUAUCUGCAACAGACAAAGCCAGCAAUGUUGCAGACAGGAAACAGACUACCACCACCAUCACAAUUACUAUAAAUGAUGUGGAUGAUCUAGGACCCAAAUUUGUAUAUUCCACAUGUUUUAAUGUCAACAAUGUUUGUUUUAACCCAACUUACACAACAAGUGUCACAUCUGGGUCAACAGCUGGCACACUUGUAUUUAACCCGGUACCUGUGGAUUCUGGAAAUCCAAAUGCAGCAGUUGAUAUCAUUGCAGAGGACAGGGACACUCUUAAUGCUCCGAUCACCUUUACAAUACGACAAACCUUGCCAUCAGGGUACCAGAACAGAUUCCAAGUGACCACUCAACAAGUUUCUGGCUCAGCAAACCAAUACCGUGCCCUUGUAAGCCAGACAGCAUCCAUUGAUAGAUCCCAAGUUUCUGAGCUGGAACUUUUUAUUGAGGCUCAAGAAAAUGUAGCAAACAGGUACUCCAACAGAGCUACAAUAAAAUUGUCAGUUGCUGCAGCCAACAACAAUAACCCAGUGCUAAGUGUACCUUUCCAAGGUUACAUUUACGAAAAUUCACCCGUUGGAACCAUACCAAGGAAUGAUAAUGGAUCUAACCUAUUAAGAAUCUCUGUAACGGAUCCAGACCUAAUUGUAGGUGAGACUGGACAAUACACUUUCACCGUCAACACAGGACUGUUUAGAGUAAACAGUGAAGGAUAUGUAGAAGCAGCUGCAGUAAUAAACUAUGAAUCCACGCCAGUUGUCACUUUCACUGUGACAGGAACUGAAGUGGGAACCCAGAACCCAAGAAGUGGAAUCGUGCAAGUCACUGUUAAUGUCAGGGAUCUUAAUGACAACACUCCAGUAUUUGGUGCACCAAGAUAUGUAGACAGUAUUGUGGAGGGAGACUAUACUACAAGCAAUCAAGUUUUGCUGGAUGUCUCAGCCAGUGAUGCAGAUAGCGGAGCAAAUGGAGACAUUGUAUACAGCAUACAAAGUGUCUCAAAUAAUGGGGCUUCCAAGUUUUCAAUACAGCCAAGCUCACAGACAGGAAGGGCAACUAUAAGUUGCAUAGGAAGUGUAGCAGAGGGUGAAAUCUAUGUCAUCAUGGUUGCUGCAACGGACCAAGGUCAACCUGUCUCUGAAAGGAGGACUGCCACAGUACCAGUGGAAGUGACCGUGACCCCAUUAGGGACACGUCCACCUGUCAUCGAGGCCCCUGCUUUUACAGUUUAUGUCAGCGAGGCAGUUCCAAUUACUUCAUCCGUGUUCACUGUUCCGGCUAGAGACCCAGAAGGACUACCAUUAAGUUUUUCUAUUAUCUCGGGAAAUGUCAACAAUGACUUCGGCAUUAAUUCAACAACAGGAGAAGUUAGAACGCAAAGAGCUUUGGACAGAGAAGCAACACCUCAGUACACUUUAAACAUUAGAGUGCAGGAUCAGAGUGGACUGUCUGCACAGACAACCUUGACAAUCAUAAUCCAAGAUGUCAAUGAUAACAACCCUGUUUUUACACCCGUUACUUACACGUUUUCUGUUCCUGAGGGAAGAUCAAAUGAAGAUGUAGGAACAGUAACAGCAACAGAUGCAGAUGAAGGUGCAAAUGCAAACAUUAAUUAUCAGAUAUCACCUUUUUCAUCAACUGGUUCUUCUAGUUUAUUUACCAUUUUACCAUCUGGACAAAUAAGAACAGCCAUUGCAUUAGACUACGAAACAAGAAAUUCCCAUGUGAUUCUGAUUCUGGGCAUUGAUGGAGGAGCCAGUAGUAGAACAGGAACAGCUACAGUCACCAUUAACGUUCAGGAUGUACAAGACACGAUUCCUUUGUUUACAGAGACUAACAUUGUACGCUCUAUUCCUGAACGACAGCCAGUUGGUACAUCUGUAGUGCAAGUCACGGAGAAUUCAGUGUCUUUAGUAUUAAUCAGAAUAGUGGCAUUAUAACAAACAACCAACUUCUCCAGUAUGAGACUAAAAAUAGCUAUGUGUUCACAGUGACUACUUUUGAAGGAGAAGGUUCCAAUGCUUUGUCUGCAACAGCAACAGUCACCAUAAAUC